GUGACGUCACGAGCAGAGAGUACUGAAGGGAAGUAGGCGCGGUGGUAAUGUGCGGUAGUUUGAUAGUGCGUCUUAGGGACGGCUUUACAAUUAAUCGUUCCCAAAAAUCACUUUGACAGGGAGACGGGUAUCGUUUCUCGAAAAAUAAUCUAGCUGGCGAGUGACGAUUAGAACUCUGAAAAUGACUCUCCAGUGGACGGCUGUUGCAACAUUUCUGUACAUUGAAAUUGGAAUACUGCUCUUUCUCUGUUUGCCGUUUAUUUCGGCAGUGAGGUGGCAGAAAAUUUUCAGGUUUAGGAUCUGGGAAUGUAUAGCUCCGUAUUGGAACAAAGGCUUCCUUACAAUGAUUAUUGUACUGAUUGUUCUAUUUAUUGAUGCUGUUCGAGAAGUAAGAAAGUAUUCUGGGGCUGAAGCUAACAAAGAAACUAAACUCCAUCCAAAUAUGUUUGAUCACCUCCAUAUGAAGCUAUUCCGAGCCCAGAGAAAUCUCUAUAUCUCUGGCUUCUCUCUUUUUCUAUGGCUGAUGCUUAGGCGUGUUGUGACUCUUAUCACACUCUUAGCAAAUACACAAGAGACCAGACAUGUUUUAAAGACUCAAGCUGAGAUGUCUGAAGAAGCCAUCAAAAAAUACAAGGAGGAAAAUGAAUAUUUAAGAAAGACUUUAGAAAUUGGAAAAGUCACAGUAAGAGACACAAACUUUGUGGCAGAACACAACAUGAUGAAAAAUGAAGUAGAGGAGCUUAAGACUGAACUGGAGAAAACAUCACAAGCCCUAAAAAAAUCAACAGCUGAUUCAGAGGUAAUACGAAUGGAAACUCAUAACAUCACUAGAGAAUAUGAUCGACUCUUGGUGGAAUAUGCAAAGCUACAGAAUCAGGUAGAGGAAAAGAGUGAUAAGAAGGCUCAGUGAACAUUAAACAUGGGCUUUAACCUGUCUGUCCAGGAUUCGGUGAUUCUGACAUAUACUUCACAGUUUCAAAUUUACCUUUUACUGUGAUAAAAAUUUGCAAAAAGCAGUAAUUACAAAAGUCAACCUUAAUGAAAAGGAUGUUGUGAACAUUAUGAAGUUCGAGUAACCAGUUCAAACUACAGCAGUGCAGAUCUGUACAGUGUUAUAUACUAAAUUAUUUUACUUGUUAAGACAGCAUGAAGUUAAUGCAAACAAUUAGACUUUGCAUAUACUUUUUUGCUUAGUGUUCAUUUAUCCAACCAUGCAUUAUUGUGAAAACACUGCAUUCAGUACAAUGUAACAGAUAGUGAGGGGUUAUCUUAGCAGCUGUGGAUGCUUUUCAAGAAGCAACCUGGGACAUUGUGCAAGAAUGCCAAAGUUUUGUUGAAAGAAUUCCAAAAUUCUCCCAGAUAUAAGGUAUAUUAUGUGAGUAGAUCAGUACUUGGACUUGGUAUACAUAUGCUUUAAUUUAAACCAUUUUACUACUUCCAGACUACAUUUUUGUGUAAGCAUAGUGCUUAAAUAUUGCUCCUCGUUUACUUUUUAAGAUAAUUAUCUGUUGUCUAAGUAGAAUCAAUGGAAAGGUUGAUAUUUUUCCUUAUUCGUUUAGUAUGUAAAAUGUGACAGAAAAUUUCAGCUUUGUUUAUAUUCCAGAAAUAGCUUUUACAAUAGAAAUCCAUUCUGCUUUUUUCAUUUCAGUAUCAUGUCAUAAAAAAAAUGAUUUCUGGGAUUUCACACUUUUAAAACAUUAGCGGAAUUAGACACAUGUAACACAAUUUGUAUAAGAAUGUGU